AUGAAGAAUCAAUGUCUGGCCGCUUUAAUGCAGGUCUGUGAGUGUGAUGGACUGCAGCAUAAUGACCAGCGCUUCAGACGGCCCGCUCCAUCAGAGGUGCGGUUGAUACUGGACAUGAUAAACUGUAUCAGUGCUCUGUGUGAUGGGGCGGGAGAGCUCGCGAGAAUACACGAGAGCUUUGCUAUUCAGGAGAUUCAGGCUGGGGAUGUUCGUGCGUCCGACGAGAUGGAGAGCUGCUGCAUCUUCCCUCACCUUAACCUUUUAGAACUCGGGAAUGAAGCCAAGAUGUGA